AUGGUAUGUGAUUCAGCCUACUCCGAAUCAAUAGAACUCGCACAAAAUUUUGUAUACGAUCCCAUAUCCGUUGUCAAAUUUAUAGAGAAACUUGCAAAUUCUGUUGAAGAUCAUAUUUCCUCUCUACUUGAUUGUAUAUCUGCUUCCCUUGAAUUUGAGUCUUCAAGUUUCUAUCGUGAGAUUUUCCAUGAAAUUAUUAGAAAAGUGAAAAGUUUUGUGAAAUAUCCAUGCGUGGAAGAAAGCUUUUUCUAUUGUCCAAAUCACAUAAUUGAAAAUGGUGAUUGUGAUAUUUUCUCCCAUAUUACCUUUAUUCUCCGUUAUUUAUGCUGCCCUGUCUAUCAUGGGAAGCCACAUGGUUUAGUAGUUAAAUGUGAAUCACCACAAAUAAUGGCUCCAUUGUUUAUGCUGACUGAAAUUAUCCACAAUUCACAGCCACCAAAUCAUUUGUUUGCAUUUCUACCCUCGGUUUCAAAAAGCAUAGAGAAAAGUGGUGUAAGUCGAACUUUAUCUAUGGUUUUCCAAACAUCUGACAUCGAUUCAGCCGCCAGGUACUGUUUGUCUUCCCUGGAAAGUACUUUGGGCACUGGAAUGUGGCACUCAUCUAUUACUCUAGUUGAAGAAUCUGUCCACAAACGUUUUAUUGAUAGAGUGAAAAACAUUCUGACUUCAAAUUCAACGAAUGCUACAGCAUUAGACAACAGCUUCACAUCUGACUAUCCAUCAUACUGUGCAAGUUAUAUUAGUGAAGUAAAAUCUCAGGCAAAUACUGUUGGUGCAAGCAUUCUAUGUUGUGAUCAAAAUGCCCAGAAAUUUCCAAUUAUUGUUUAUGAUAUCGCUCCAUCACUUAUCAAAUUGGAAAAACAUCGUGGACCUGUUGGAUUUGUUGUAUGUUUCCGUUCAGUUAAAGAAGGUGUCUCCCUUCUGAAACAUUUUGUCAAUGUUUUGAGUAAUCACAAGUUGAAUAAUAUUCCAUCAACUUAUUGUGAAACUGUAGUAAAUAUGUGGCAGACUGAUUCUAAUGUGAUUUGGCAACUUUAUCAAUUGCUAUUGUUGUCUGGUGUGGAUAAUAUUUUUGUGAAUACUUCUAGUCGUCAACUAGCAGCUACAAUGUUUACAAGAUUUUUUGAAAUAAACGGGUCAUCAUUCCUCCCCAGCGGUAGUGGUAGUGGUAAUUGUAUGUUGGAAACAGAGACGUCACUAUAUCGAACAAUAACAUCUCUCAUCAAUACUGCACACAGUGCUCAAGUCAGUUGGAUUAGUAAAGGUUACGAGACGAUUCAAGCCGAAAUUUUAAAAGGUGAAGUAUUGCCUGGUAUUCCUCUGGAGAAAGAGGCUUUCAAAUACGUUAUCGAUUACAGUCGUAAACUGCUGCUAGGAGAUCCAGGGAAACAAUUUCUGACGGAGAGAAAGAAAGAAGCACUGCUUGUUCCACUAGCUCAUAUUUGUUUAAAACCAUCAGGUCCAAUCAUUGUUAUCGUAGAUUGUAGAUUUAUGUCUGACUCUAAAAAGUAUACUUUUUUAUUGAAAAUUGUUUUAUGUGCCUUAUUUGCAGGUGAUUCUGUUGUUCUAUUAAUGACAAACAGUGAGUUAAUUAACAGUGAAAAUACCUUUAUGAAUUAUAUCAAGUUAAUUCAGGGAAGGUUAAGUGUUGCCUCUUUGAUAACUAUUCACAAUUGUACUCCUUCGCCUACUCAUGAUGUUUAUGAUCUUCUUUCGAAUUUGUGUUCGCCUACAACACUUUUAAGUCUAGAUAAUGAGGCAAUUUUUUCACAAGACCCAUAUAACUGUAUUUCCAACUUGAUUUGUUUAUCUAGACCUGUCACUCUGUAUUGGUCUACAGGUUGUAAUGUUUUCGCUUAG